AUGUGGGAGUUCCGGUCCAUGAAUUUUUGGCGGGCGGUCUUCGCAGAGUUCUUCGGGACCAUGUUCUUCGUAUUUUUCGGCAUGGGCGCCGCCCUGCGCUGGACCACCGGGCCUCACCACGUCCUUCACGUGGCCCUGUGCUUCGGGCUGGCGGCCGCCACCCUCAUUCAGUCCAUCGGCCACAUCAGCGGCGGCCACAUCAACCCCGCCGUCACCUUCGCCUACCUCGUCGGCUCGCAGUUGUCUCUUUUCCGCGCCAUUUUCUACAUGGUCGCCCAGUGCCUGGGCGCCGUAGCCGGGGCCGCCGUGCUGUACGGGGUCACGCCCGGCAACAUGAGGGGCAACAUGGCGAUGAACACGCUGCAGCCGGGCAUCAGCCUGGGCAUGGCCACCACGGUGGAGGUUUUCCUCACCAUGCAGCUCGUGGUGUGCAUCUUCGCCGUGACGGAUGAGAGGAGAAACGGACGCAUGGGAUCUGCCGCCCUGUCCAUCGGCUUCUCGGUCACCAUCGGACAUCUCAUGGGGAUGUACUACACCGGUGCUGGGAUGAACCCUGCCAGGUCCUUUGCCCCUGCUUUGCUCUUCAGGAACUUCAUCAACCACUGGGUGUACUGGGUUGGGCCAAUGAUAGGAGGCGCGAUGGGCGCCAUCCUGUACGAUUUCCUGCUCUUCCCACGCAUGAGAGGUCUGUCCGAGCGCCUCGCCACACUGAAGGGCAGCCGGCCCCCCGAGAGCGAGACCCAGCAGGACACCCGCGGGGAGCCCAUCGAGCUCAAGACGCAAGCCCUAUAA